AAAUGAAUAGGCUUUUCAAAAACCCGCCUCUGUCAUAUUCUGUGGUAAAUAAAUCUGUUCAGACCCCUGUACGUUUUAUUCUGUGUACAUUUUACUCCUGAACAUCACUGGAUCCUCUGAAUUACAGGAUAAUUUAAGAGUCAUAAUGAGAAAAGGCUAACUUUAAGCUAAUGCUACAGCGGAGUGAAAUGACCUCCCAGCCUAGCUGCAGAGAACAGCCGGGGACUAUUUUCGGCGCAACACCAGCGAACUCCGGCCGUAACUAUACAUCUUAUUAAACACAGCUGAGCCAACUAAUGAACUAACUGCGCUUACUGAGGAGAGCUGAGGGUGUCACAGCAUAAAAUUACUAAAACAGACCUCGCUGCUUGUUGGAUGGCGCUCGCGCUCCUCUGCGCAGGGGCUUUGGGAACUCCGCUGCGCACCAACGCGCGCCCCGAGACCGACGCACAGUCUUGCACCACACACGCCAAGGCGCUGCUGGUGAGGCUGAAGAGCGUGCUGGAGGCAGCGCUGGAUCAGAAGAGGUCAGUGAUGUUCAACGGAUUUAACUGCACGGAGCUGUCCGUCAUUGUCGUCCCCCACAGCCAGACCCCCUCCAUAUGCCAGCCCAGCCAGCAUGUGACGUGCUCCAGCCAAAGCAGCCAAUCCUUCAAUAAGAAUGAAUGUCUGAAGAACAUCACAGGAGAUCUCCAGUAUUACCGGUCCAUGCUGAACACUUAUGUAAAGUCUCUGGAUCAGACAAAGUCCCAGACCAUCACUGACCUCACCUCCAUCACUGACUCCAUCCAGACCCUUCAGAAGAACUGCCAACCACUGCAAAACACGGAGGAGCAGCAAACUGAAAACUGGAAACCCAAAGGCCAAGCGUUUGAAGACCGUAUGGAUCUGUGUAAGCAGCUGAAGGGCUUCCACAUCCGCGCCAUCACCAUCAACCGAGCUCUCGGCUACAUCAGCGCCGAAGCUGAUAACAGCUAAUAAACCUGCAUCUCACUACUCAUCAUCUUCAUCAUCAUCAACUUCAUCACCAUCACCCUAAAUCUAAUGUUCAAACUUUUACUCUGACCACGACCGUGUGAAUGCAUAAAGUCUGCACUACCUUUCUACACAAUCUCCAUAGAGCAGAACAACUGCCCCAAAAAACUGCCUGAUGUGUUUUGCACUAAAGCCUAUAAGCUAGCUGCAUCUGUGGAGAUGGAGACUUUGUUAUUUACAUUUAUGUGUUAUUUAAUAUUUAAAUAUUUAAUAUUUAUUAUUGUGGUUUAAUAAAUGUAAAACUUUA